GCUCCCUACAAGCUAGCAUCAUUUUUAAUAGGCCUGCUGCUGCCUUAUCAGCAUGGUUUGACUAAUAGUAUAAAUGGCUACAGCUGAAAAAAAUUACCAGAACGAGAAGAGAGAAAUAGACAUGGACCUUCCUGCUGCACAGACUCAACAUUUUUCAGCUGAAGAUGAAAUAGUUCAUUCUGCAAUCUCAAUUUCAUCUACUCCGUUGCAUGAUAAAACUGCAGCUGGUGACACAGUCUUGAGGUCUAUGAUUGAAGAAAAUGCUUUUCAGGCUUUGAAUGAUGGACCCUGGGCAAAAAGACCACGGCUUACUCUCUGUGAUGAUGGUUCUCUUGAAGACAAUGAUUUCCUAUCCCUCACUUUCCCAAAGAAACUCUGGAAAAUUGUUGAAAGUGAUCAGUUUAAGUCACUGUGGUGGGAUGACGAUGGGAAUUGUGUAGUGAUAGAUGAAGAACUUUUUAAAAAGGAGGUUCUAGAGAGGAAAGGACCACUGCGCAUUUUUGAAACUGACUGUAUGAAAAGCUUCAUUCGUCAGCUCAAUCUCUAUGGCUUUAGCAAGAUGAGACAGAAUUUUCAAAGGUCUGCCUCCCUUGUCGAAUUUUUAGCAGAAGAAAAAGCUGCUUAUGCAUUUAGCAAGGUAAGACCAUGGUGUGGUUUUCAAAAGGUAGACAUUGCUCAAAGUUCACAGGUUGUUUGUGUUUAAUACUGUGCAAGAUCAGUCAUUCUCCAGAAAAGGGAAAAAAGCAACACAGUAUGGAAACAGGUACUUAAGAGAAUGAGGAAAAAUAGUGGAUAUUGAGCUACUUCAAGGCCAGGACACAAUUGAGUGGACACAACUGAGACAAUGUAUAUAGUGUUAGUAAUUAGGUUAAUCCAGAAAGUCGCUAAUGUUUCCCCAUUCCCCAAAUACAACACAAUAAUGCCUACUUCAAAGCUUUUACCUCCUUUUCUUUUUAAGCUGGUAAACAUAUUUGAAAAGGAGGGGUUAAUUUAAUUGUCAUGUGAAUUAGAUAAAUUCAUUCAGCAUGGGACUGACAAAUCCACUGAAACCUAAGAUAAUAGCUAAAAAGCAUCCUCACUAUAUGCCACUCACAAUGAAUACAGUUCAUUCUGUAUCUGCUCUUAAUUCUCACAAGCUCUCUUCAAGGCAUCUUGAGUGAUGCUCUGCCAGGCCGCUCAUGAUUCAUUAUGGCAGCUUCUCAAAAGCUGACCAACUUUUGCUGUGACAAGAGGCUUUUCUGGAUAAGUUGGGAAAGUGUACUUCAUAUUGUACUUUGCAAUUAGGGACUGCAACUUGCACAGAAAAAAAAUGGCUGGCUGGCUAUUAUACAUUGCAGUUAGUGUAAGAGCACAACUCUAGUUGGUUAGAGCAUGGUGCUGAUAAUGAAAAGGUCACAGGUUUGAUCAUCGAACAGGCCACCUGCUUAUUCUUGCAUUGCAUCUAUAAUUCUAUGAUGCCUUUGCAAUCCUUAAUGUUAUAUUUCUUUAAGAAAGCUUACUUCCCUGAAUCUUUGCACUACCUAAUUUAAAGAUUACUAGGUCUUUAUUUUCAUUUUUGAAGUCAAAUUUGGAUGUAGCCAGUACCCCUGUAGAUGUGAACACUGAGGCACAUUAAAUAUAAACAGAAUGAAAGCUAGUUCUGUAAAGGAUCUUGUGAUGGGAAAGCAUGUUCAAAAUCUCAAAAUACAUGUAGGAGGUGGCCUCAUAGAAUUCCAUGAAGAGAUGAAUGUUGAUUACUAAAUCAACUAAGCAAAAUAAUUGAAAGGCCUUGAUAAAGGGGGAAGGAAACUAUGUGGUACAGUAUCCGGAAGGAAGAGCUAUUCACGCAAAUGGAAAUUGCUCAGGAAUGUCAUCAUAAGGUUAGUGCCUGUUUAGUGUGAAUACUAAAUAUAGCAGCAAAACACAUUCUGUGUGAGCUUAAUGCUGUGCACAGACUGCACAAAACAGCAGAUUAUUUAGAUUGGAUAAAUGGAAGUUAUAUCAAUGCAUUUCAGAUCUACAUUCUGUCUCUUAAAAGUUAAAUACUCCUAAACCAUCUAUUACAGCAUGAAAUAUUUACAACAGAAUCCUAUGGGUGUCUGUUGAGACUUACCCCCCAUUAAAUGUGCAUAGGAUGCAGUUUGUGUACAUAUCUCUCACUGAAACCAAUGGGAUAUAGAAGCAUUUAAAUUUUCCUGGACUAUGCCCAUUGAGUUAAAGAAGGGGGAAUAAUAAUAAAUAUAAAUAUGGCAUUUAUUCAAAUUGACAACCACGCAUCCUGAACCUUUUAUGACUGGAGAAAGACUUUUUACCAGUAACUGCCAGUCCUUGUUUCAGGAAUGUUCUAGGCACUUCAUCUUCAGAUAAAUUAUGAAGCUAAAGGUGUCCCUAUAUGGGCAAACAAAAACCAUCUAGUUUUGCAACUGUUUCCCCAAACAGAUAAAAAAUUCUUAGUGCAGAAGGCAUGUGGGAUACGUGACUAGGGGUUUUCUAUUAUGCUUCUGUUUAGUAUAAAUACUUCAGUUUAGUUGCAAACAAACAAAAUGGUUUAUUUGCUACAGCAACCAACUAAUAUGUGCACUUGUUCAAGAAUUCUAUGAAGCGGUGGCUGGUGCUCGUUGGAAUGUGGUAGGGUGGGAAGCAGGGAGACCAACGGUAAGUGGUCAGAGCCACCUAUUCCUAGUUUUGUUCCCAUCUUCCUCCCUGCUGAGUUCUGCAAGGACAACACUGACACUAAGAAGGAGAAAACUGACAGGCAGUGCUACUCCCUGGGCUGGUGGGGGAGGACAGAGGACAGAGUAGAAUUAGUAGGGCCAUGCCUAUUACCCCUAAUGGGGAAACAGGCCACAGAUUCCCUAUGACAUUAAUCCCUAGCAUCCUACUAGGGAGGGGGCAGGACGUUAAUCUGAAAAACCUAUAAAAAAAUUUAUAAAUUGCCCAGUAGCACUCUAGAGACCAACUAUGUUUUUCUGGGUAUAAGCUUUUGUGUGCAUGCAAACUUAGUUGGUCUCUAAGGUGCUACUGGACAUUUUUUAAUAUAUAUUUCGACUGCGUCAGACUAACACGGCUACCUACCUGAAUCUGAAAAACCUAUAUUCUGGAUUUUAAGUCUAGAUUCUUCAGAACAAUACAUCCACUCCCUUUGUAGUUUCUGAGCUCAUUGUACAUUUAACAAGAUCUGUACUCGAGUUUUGAAAAUAUAUCACUUAGCUACUGUUUCCUUUUAUUAAGCCUCCCAAAGGCAUUAUGCUGACAACAUGUGCGCCACCAAAUUCUUUCCUCCCGGUUUGUAGCAAACUCUAUGCCAGUUUCCACCAACUCAGUUUAUAAUUAUAAGAUUACAGAACUGAAUCAAUAGAGAUGUAGGAUGUAGAAUCCCACAUUUCAGAGCCAUUGUGUGAAAAUUGAAACAUACGCAAUGGAGACUGUCAUUUUGCAUUGCUUCGCUGUUGCAUUUCUCUUUGAAGCCUUAUGUUAACUCCAUCUCUUCCUCUGUUUUUAUUCUAGUUACAGUUCUACCACAACCCAAAUUUUAAGAGAGGCUGUCCUCACCUUCUUGCAAGGUGCAAGAGAAGAGUUGGGAUCAAAAACACACCACCUAUUGCUUUCUCCUUAGAUGAGGACUUCAGUGAAAGCUGCUUGAAGAGCAGGUCAAGAAGCCCAGAAGGUCAAACUACUCUGGGACCUGCUACUAGGGAAAGUAACUUCCUUGCAGCUUCCCCAAAGGACAAAAUGCACAAAGCUGGACUCCGAAAACCUACUAUGCCAAAGGGCCUUGCUGGAGCAGCAGCCCGGCUGAGAAGUGGAUACGCUGCUUCCCCUCCAACCCCUUUGAGGUCCUCUGACCAGGCAGCCCCGGAGGACAAUGACAACAAAGUGAACCAGCUAGCUCCUUUCCAUUUGCCCCAGCACACCAAUCAUGCUCGAGUCAACACACAUGAGAUAGACUCGACCACCACGACAUCUGCUACCUCUUUGUAUCAUGUCAUACCUCCUGUACCCAACAGCCCCUUUGCACCGGUGAUGGGGUUGCCAGCCUUCCCAACCAUGUACCCAGACUUAUCAGCCAUGCAGGCUCAUUGGGCCAGUUUACUCCCGUUCUGUAACCCAUGGUUUUCCAUGCCCAUGAUAGCAGCGGCUUCUGCCAUUUCCAUGUCAAGAUCUUCCCAUCAUCAUCGAACUCCUUCAUACCACCAUUGCCCUAAUUGCAACUGUGCUUCAAAUGCUACUUCUGCUUCCAAAGGAGUUGGACCCAAAGCGGCAGACUACAGUGGUUACCAUCGAUGAAACAGAGGGCAGACUGGAAAACCCCCACCCCUUUUUAAAAUAGAGAAAAUCAGAAUGACGUGGACUGAAGAAUAAAACCUCUUUCUUUCCUUUCCUCCUG